AGGCUAUGCCCCUUUGCAGCAAUCUCUAGCCACCCCCAUUGGCCAGGGUGUCCCUCCCACUGGCCUUAGAGCCCCUCCCACCUCCACUCUAGAUAAGGCCAGCCCAGGACUGCUUCACUGGGCAAUAGGCACUAGGGCUGGAAUGGGGCCGCCGGGCUCCCCAUGGCAGUGGGGGCUGCUGCUGCUGCUGCUCCCCCCUGCCACCCCCUUCUGGCUUUUCAAUGUGCUCUUCCCCCCGCACACCACGCCCAAGGCUGAGCUCAGUAACCACACACGGCCCGUCAUCCUCGUGCCCACAGUGCCUGGCUGCCUGGGGAAUCAGCUGGAAGCCAAGCUGGAUAAACCAGAUGUGGUGAACUGGAUGUGCUACCGCAAGACAGAGGAAUUCUUCACCAUCUGGCUGGAUCUCAAUAUGUUCCUACCCCUUGGAGUGGACUGCUGGAUCGAUAACACCAGGGUUGUCUACAACCGCAGCUCUGGGCGUGUGUCCAAUGCCCCUGGUGUAGAGAUCCGCGUCCCUGGCUUUGGGAAGACCUACUCUGUCGAGUACCUGGAUAACAACAAGCUGGCAGGUUACAUGCACACACUGGUGCAGAAUCUGGUCAACAAUGGGUACGUGCGGGACGAGACGGUGAGGGCCGCCCCCUACGACUGGCGGCUGGAGCCUAGCCAGCAGGAGGAAUACUACCGGAAGCUCGCUGGGCUGGUGGAGGAGAUGCACGCUGCCUAUGGGAAGCCUGUCUUCCUCAUUGGUCACAGCCUCGGUUGCCUACACUUGCUCUAUUUCUUGCUGCGCCAGCCUCAGGCCUGGAAGGACCACUUCAUCGAUGGGUUCAUCUCUCUCGGGGCUCCCUGGGGGGGUUCCAUCAAGCCCAUGCUGGUCUUGGCCUCAGGUGACAACCAGGGCAUCCCGAUCAUGUCCAGCAUCAAGCUGAGAGAGGAACAGCGUAUAACGACGACCUCCCCCUGGAUGUUUCCUUCCAGAGAGGCAUGGCCCGAAGACCAUGUGUUCAUUUCCACGCCCAGCUUCAACUACACAGGCCGUGACUUCCAGCGCUUCUUUGCAGACUUGCACUUUGAGGAAGGCUGGUACAUGUGGCUACAGUCACGUGACCUACUGGCAGGACUCCCAGCACCCGGUGUGGAAGUGUACUGUCUAUAUGGCGUGGGCCUGCCCACACCCCGCACUUACAUCUUUGAUCAUGGCUUUCCCUACACAGACCCCGUAGGGGUGCUCUAUGAGGACGGUGAUGACACCGUAGCCACACGCAGUACUGAGCUCUGUGCCCGCUGGCAGAGCCGCCAGCCACAGCCUGUGCACCUGCUGCCUCUGCAUGGGACAGAGCACCUCAACAUGGUCUUCAGUAACCAGACUUUAGAGCACAUCAAUGCCAUCCUGUUGGGUACCUACCGACAUAACACCCCUGUACCCCCAGCUGCCAGCCCAGGGCCUCUGCCCCCUGAAUAAAGAUCUUCUUUUGCUCUCUAA